AUGAUCAAUAUGGCCAGCAAUGGGCUUGUCGUGCCUUUCCUCGGCGCUCUACAAGCCUGCACCUCGGUACUGCUCACCAUGUGCUACGGCGUAGCAGCGCGUCGACUGCGACUCAUCCACGAAGCAACCAUCAACGACAUGUCCGGACUAGGAGUGAAGCUCUUCCUCCCUGCCCUGAUCGUUGUCAAUCUCGGCCGGCAGCUGCAUCUGGACACAGCGCUAAACUACCUCCGGGUACUCAGUACGCAAGCACGAUGA